AGGUAUAUAAGCUAUCAGUCAAUAGAAAAGCUGAAUAAUUGCGCAAAAAAGUGUUAUAAAAGUUUUUUUUAGUCUUUAUUAACUUCAUAUAAAAUUUAUUAUAUUUUAACUCUCAAUUCAUUGGAAAUGUCGAAAGUUCCUGCAAUCGGUAUAGAUUUGGGAACAACCUAUUCAUGUGUUGGUGUUUUUCAAUACGGAAAGGUAGAAAUCAUAGCCAACGAUCAGGGAAAUCGCACGACACCGUCAUAUGUGGCCUUCACUGAUACCGAGAGAUUGAUAGGUGAUGCGGCCAAGAAUCAGGUGGCAAUGAAUCCUUCAAAUACGGUGUUUGAUGCAAAACGAUUGAUUGGCCGUCGAUUUGAUGAUUCGACCGUUCAAUCAGAUAUGAAACACUGGCCUUUUAAAGUGAUCCAAGAGAGCGGCAAACCUAAGAUUAAAGUCGAAUAUAAAGGAGAGAUGAAGACAUUCUUUCCCGAAGAGAUUUCAUCGAUGGUUUUGGUGAAAAUGAAAGAAAUAGCUGAAGCAUAUCUGAGUUCUACGGUUACCAACGCUGUCAUUACAGUUCCCGCUUAUUUCAACGAUAGUCAACGUCAGGCUACUAAAGACGCGGGAGCUAUAUCUGGUCUGAAUGUGUUACGUAUUAUCAAUGAGCCGACGGCUGCUGCCAUAGCAUAUGGUUUGGAUAAGAAAGGAAAAGGAGAGCGAUGUGUUCUCAUCUUUGACUUAGGCGGCGGUACUUUUGAUGUGUCAAUACUUACCAUCGAUGACGGGAUAUUUGAGGUGAAAUCAACUGCUGGUGACACUCAUUUGGGUGGCGAAGACUUUGACAAUCGAAUGGUCAAUCAUUUCGUACAGGAAUUUAAGAGAAAACACAAAAAAGAUUUAUCUGUUAAUAAAAGAUCUUUAAGAAGAUUAAGAACUGCUUGCGAACGAUCAAAAAGAACUCUUUCGUCAUCAACUCAGUCAUCCAUUGAAAUCGAUUCACUCUUUGAAGGCAUUGACUUCUAUUCAACGAUAACCAGAGCCCGCUUUGAGGAGUUAAAUGCCGACCUCUUUAGAGGAACAUUAGAUCCCGUGGAGAAGGCAUUACGCGACGCAAAACUCGAUAAAUCACAGAUUCAGGACAUAGUUUUGGUCGGAGGUUCUACUCGUAUACCGAAAAUUCAAAAACUUCUUCAGGACUUUUUUAAUGGCAAAGAUUUAAACAAAAGCAUUAAUCCCGACGAAGCUGUGGCUUAUGGAGCAGCCGUUCAGGCGGCCAUUCUUAACGGUGAUAAGAGUCAAGCCGUUCAGGAUCUGCUACUGUUAGACGUGGCUCCGCUGUCGUUGGGCAUUGAAACUGCUGGUGGUGUCAUGACUUCACUUAUUAAGCGAAACACAACUAUUCCCACCCGUCAGACACAAACAUUCACCACUUAUUCAGACAAUCAAUCGGCAGUUUUAAUUCAAGUCUUUGAGGGCGAACGGGCAAUGACUAAAGAUAAUAAUCUUUUGGGCAAAUUUGACUUAACAAGUAUUCCUCCGGCACCCAGAGGUGUCCCACAAAUUGAAGUGACCUUCGAUAUUGACGCCAACGGUAUCCUUAAUGUUACGGCUGUUGAUAAAAGUACCGGAAAGGAAAAUAAGAUAACCAUUACUAAUGAUAAGGGAAGACUCUCUAAGGAAGACAUUGAACGGAUGGUUAAAGAGGCUGAAGCUUACAAAGAUGAAGACGACAAACAAAAAGACAAAAUUCAAGCCAAAAACUCAUUGGAAUCGUAUGUUUUUAAUAUAAAAUCAACCAUUGAUGACGAAAAACUUAAAGAAAAAAUCGGAGAAUCAGAUAGAAAGAGGAUUUUGGACAAAGUUAAUGAUACCAUCCGUUGGUUGGAUUCAAAUCAAUUGGCAGAAAAAGAUGAGUUCCAACACAAACAGAAAGAGUUAGAAACGGUUUGCAAUCCUAUUAUAAGAAAACUUUAUCAAAAUGAACGUCAAUUUGCCGGCGACAGAGAUGUCGGUGCCAGCGGUGGCCACAGAUCUAAAAGUGGACCGACAAUUGAAGAAAUGGACUAAUCUAUUAACAAUUAAACAGUUUAAUAAACAUAUAUUCAUUUCAAUAUAAUAUUCAAUACUUUAUAUAUAAUU